ACAAGAAUUGAGUAUUUUAUAUUUUAUGUCUAUAAGUAUUGGUCUAUACAAGAUUAAAAUAUUAGCUCAGUACAAAUUAAUAUAUUUAGCAGAACUUCCAUAGAGGAUUUUGGGAAACUUUUAAAAAGAGUGACCCGGUGUUUACCAACUAACAAGAACACUCAUUGUAUGGAAUUAAUAGAUCACAGAAUUAUAGUGGGAAGGGACCAUACUGGCCAUCUAGUCCAGUGCAGGGUCAGUCUAGCCCUAGAGCAUCCCUGACAAGCAUUUGUUUAACCAUUGCCGGAGAGGAGGAGCAACAAACAGCCUUUCAGAUACUUCAAGAGGGCAAACUUCCUCAACUUCCUCUUUUUCAGAUUAUACAUUCCCAAAUUGCUCAGCCUUUCCUUGUAGGGCUUGGUUUCCAUGUCCCUGAUCAUCCUUGUCCUAGACAACACUCAGUAUGAGUUUUGCAACCGUUGAUGGAAAUGAUGUGUGAAGGGGCUGUGGAAUGUGGGGCUGGGGUUGUUUGACCCUAGAAUUCAAAUGAAGAUGGAGUUCAAAAUUGAGCAUACAUGGAACGGCUUUCCGGUGUCUCUCGAUCCAGUGACAAUCAGGCUGGCUCCUGCCGAUGCAGGACUCUUGAUGAAUAUAACUGCUCCAUUUUAUAAUGAUCCUCCAGCUCCUCCCAGUGAUCCUGGAAAACCAUUCAGUGGGUUGUGGGAUUAUGAGGUUGUAGAAGCAUUCUUCCUGAAUGGCCAAACUGAGCAGUAUCUAGAAGUGGAGCUCUGUCCGCAUGGGCAGUAUCUCAUUUUGUUACUUUGUGGCAGAAGGAAAGUGUUGAAACAAGAGCUUCCGUUAAAAUUUGAAGUCUCAAGAACCAGUACUCACUGGAAUGGCAGAGCUCAUGUUCCUUGGAGCUAUUUCCCACCAGCUACUGACCAGUUUAAUGCUUUUGCAAUCCAUGGGUCAGGUGAAGCUAGAACAUAUGAAGCCCUCUAUCCUGUACCACAACAUGAGAUACAGAAAGAUCAGCAACCUGAUUUUCAUUGUCUAGAAUAUUUCAAAUGCUUUAACUUGAAGAUGUUAAUGGGAGAAGACUGGAAGCAGCCGGCAUCAGAUUUCUGGGCCCCACGCAAAAAGGCCAGCUAGGUAAAUAAGACAAGAGGGUAAGGUAUCUAGAAGUUCAAAAGUGGCAUGACUCAAACAGUUUCCAUUAUAUUAUGGUCUGUGCAAACAUAUAAUCACUUUUAAAAGUGGGUAGGUGCUUAAAAGUUGAAUUUACGCUCAAACAGUGUGACUUGUCAUCAGCAUGAUAU